GAGCCCGGGCGAUCGAUCAGUUCUUCGUCCGCCCGGUAUCUGAAUUUGGCGCCGGGAUAAUAUUCGUUUCCUUAUUGUACCGGUGUCGCUUUAAUUAGCGGUCUGGGAGGCAGGGAUUAUGGGAGAGAGUCACUUGGUGACAACCGUAUUGGCAGUGAUCGCUGUCAUCGGUGCAAUUAGUGUUUCUGGACGCGAAGAGGAUGUCGUUAUAAGAAGGGAAUGCCCCAAAGUGGAUCCAGUGAACGCCACUCACAUACCGCACGAAUAUGAUUGCACGAAAUUUUAUACGUGCUUCCUGGGGAAGAAAUUCCUAUCGGACUGUCCGUUAAUGAAUAAGAAAGGGAACAGAUUGCACUUCAAUCCAAUAUUGGAAGUGUGCGACUGGCCCUGGAGAGCUGGCUGCGAAGGUGGAAGUCCUCCGGGAACUACAGAACUUCCGCAGAUACCGACUGACGGUUCUACGACUGGAUUUACGGAGGAACCAAACAGCGAAACUCCACAAGAACCUUCGACGGCAGAACCUAGCACUAAACCAAGUACUGAGGCACCACAAGAGCCUUCGACAGCAGAACCCAGUACUAAGCCUAGCACCGAAGCACCACAAGAGCCUUCAACGGCAGAACCUAGCACUAAACCUAGCACCGAAACACCACAAGAGCCUUCAACGGCAGAACCUAGCACUAAACCUAGCACCGAAACACCACAAGAGCCUUCAACGGCAGAACCUAGCACUAAACCUAGCACAGAAACACCACAAGAGCCUCCGACGGCAGAACCUAGCACUAAACCUAGCACAGAAGCACCACAAGAGCCUUCAACGGCAGAACCUAGCACUAAACCUAGCACCGAGGCACCACAAGAGCCUUCAACGGCAGAACCUAGCACUAAACCUAGCACCGAGGCACCACAAGAGCCUUCAACGGCAGAACCUAGCACUAAACCUAGUACAGAAGCACCUCAAGAGCCUUCGACAGCAAAACCCAGCACUAAACCUAGCACCGAGGCACCACAAGAGCCUUCAACGGCAGAACCUAGCACUAAACCUAGCACAGAAGCACCACAAGAGCCUUCAACGGCAGAACCUAGCACUAAACCAAGUACUGAAGCACCACAAGAGCCUUCAACGGCGGAACCCAGCACUAAACCUAGCAAACCAAGUACUGAAGCACCACAAGAGCCUUCAACGGCGGAACCCAGCACUAAACCUAGCACCAAAGCACCACAAGAGCCUUCAACGGCAGAACCCAGCACUAAACCUAGCACCGAAGCACCACAAGAGCCUUCAACGGCAGAACCCAGCACUAAACCAAGCACCGAAGCACCACGAGAGACCACAACUAUUGGAGGCUCAUCCGAAUCGUCCUCGUCUUCGUCUUCGGAAUCAUCCACCGAGGAGGCCAGCAGCGAGUCGACCGAGGACUCGAUAUCAUCCGAAAACGGCGAAAGGACCACCGAAAGUGACCAGGUCGACGGUUCGGUCACCACUCCGAUUCCGGACGUGGAUUUCGACGUUUCCUGCGGAAACGGCGACUCCUCAAAGACCGUCCUCCUGCCUCACGAGAGCGACUGCCGCUUAUUCUACAUUUGCUCCAACGGCAGCAAGAUUCUCCAGGUCUGCCCGAGUGGUCUCCACUUCAACGAGGCGGCCCAGGGCUGCGACCUCCCAGAAAACGCAGGGUGCGAUGUCGUCGUCACCGUUCAACCUACUCCUGACCCAGCCCCAGGUUGGGUCGAUCUUCCGGCCACCUGCGUGACGACGGGACCCCAGGCUCGCGUCCGCAUCCCUCACGAGUGUUCCUGCGACAAGUACUACCUCUGCAUAAAUGGAAGCCUGGUUCUCCACACGUGUCCCUCGGGAAAGCACUUCAGUCCCAAGUUGCCCGUCUGCGAUUGGCCCGAAAACGUUGCAUGUGGCUCCAACCCUUCCGAUGGCCCCCCCGGGUCCAGCACCGCAGCUCCCGGAGGGGAUGGAAACGGCUCGGGCGAGAGAACUACCGAGUCCGAUGAUCCCGAGGGAACUACCGAACCGGCGAGUGGAAACGAGACCGACGCUGGCGAAACUCCUGCUGGAGGGUCUACGGAAGGAACUACCGAUGGGGGUUCGAACGGGUCAGGCGAAACUAUCGUCGAUCAGACCACGCAGGGAACUACCGAGAGCGACAAAGACGAGCCGGACGGCCCAGCUACUGUGAGCACCACGACGACGGCGUCUUCUCCCCAGGAGUGCCCGCAGGGCCAGGCCGGAGUCGGUCUCCAACUACCGCACGAGACCAACUGCAGACUCUUCUACAAAUGCAUCAAGGGCAGGAAGAUCUUGCAGAAGUGCCCGCACGACUGGCACUUUAAUCCUAGGACCAGGAAGUGCGACACGCAGGAAAAUGCGCAGUGCUCCAAGGGCUCGGGAUCCGAAACUACUGCCGUGACUGCUGCUGGAACUGAUCCGAAACCUACCCCGAAGCCUACCCUGAAGCCUACCCCGAAGCCUACCCCGAAGCCUACCACAAAACCAACUCCUACCCUCACCACAACCACAACCACGCAGCCUACCACAAAACCAACUCCCACCCUCACCACAACCACAACCACGCAACCUACCACAAAAUCAACUCCCACCCUCACCACAACCACAACCAAGCAGCCUACCACAAAACCAACUCCCAUCCUCACCACAACCACAACCAAGCAGCCGACCACCACGAAACUACCCGUUAAUACCGACGACUUCGACAACGACAGUGACGAGGAUAAGGACAACAGUGAUGGUCCUGGAGACGGCACUUCCGCCCCUGUGACCGAUGAUUCGGGCUCCAAUACCGAUUCACCUGUCACGGAACAGGCAACACCAGGCAAUCCUGGUCCUCUCGGCUGCGUGGGAACCUGUCCUCUCCGCGACCCCGAAGAUUACACCGUUCUCCUCCCCAACACCGACUGCACGAAAUUCUGUAAAUGCAGCAACGGAGUACCCUACGUCUACGUCUGUCCCGCUGAUCUGCACUUCAGCAGGAAGUUGAAGGUCUGCACGUUCCCACAAACCGCCCAGUGCAUUCCGGGGAACACGGAACCCCCUGAAGACGAGCCGCGCAACGCCUAUUCCGGGUUCCUCAAGAUGUUCGGCCUGUAAACGGGACGGGAGAUGACGGAAAAGGACACUAACUAUUGGGGUGGCAACUAAAUGAUUGCGGAUCUUGUCGAUAGAUGGUAUUAAAAAUCACUUAGUUGACGACCCAAUACUUUCCGCAUCGCGGAUUUUACCCGGUUUGUUGUCGGAGACCGCUGUGUGUUGUUCCUCUUCGGGGUGCGCGGCUUUGCGCGUGCGCACGCCAGUUGUCAUUAGCACACGUGAUACAUGCUCACGCUCGUAGCUCUGAUAGUUGUCGCCUAUUAAAGUCCAUACUUUAGACACAACUUACAUCCACAUUAAUCAGGAAACUCGGUAGAGUUUCGCGACAAAUAUACACGUACAUACGUUGUAUACAUCGUAUUUAUGAACAGAUAAGGGGGGUAAUAGAUUGUGAGAUACGUUUUAAUCAAAGUAAGUUUAAAUGGGAAUGAAGAGGUAGUCGAGGCAUUUAUUUACGGCCCUGUUCUAGUCGUUGUUUUGCGGAAAAUUUUAAAUAAUAGUGCUUAAUGUUUUAAAAUGGCGGACUUGGGAUGGCUGGAAAUGUCUGACUCUUUUUCUUUUUCUUGACGGGGUGCAUGAUUCCAGGAGAACAGUAAGACUGAAACAAUAAACUGAGGUGGUUUUGGAAACUUGAGAAAAUGAUUCAAGAACCGACGAUACGAGCUUUCGCCGAAAAUUUUCGGUCAAAAGGACACGAAAGUGAAAUAAUAUUCUCAAGUUUGGAAAAUCAGCUGAUCUCGUUUUUAUUUCAGACUUGCCGUUCCCCUGAUAUCACGUACACCGUGAGAAAAAAAAGACGGUAUUUUCCAACCUUUACAUGGCUGCUACUUUGAAACAUUCACAAAUUUUCUUUUACCUUAAAUUCUUCUUAAAACAUAAAAUAAAACAGCA